AUGACAACGGUCGGAUACGGUGAUCUAACACCAACAACUGUCCUUGGAAAAUUGGUGGCAACAGGUGCGAUCUCAUGUGGUGUUUUAGUUCUUGCCUUACCGAUAACCAUUAUUGUUGAUAAUUUUAUGAAAGUGAAUGAAGAGGAAGAAGAAGAAGGUUCACAUCGAUUAAGACGAAUUGGACCAAGAAACAGUUUUACCAUAGAAGUACCAUUGGAAAGAUUCGUGCAACAACAGCAAAUGAAAUUAAAAGGAUUGAUACGAAAAGAAAGUAAUAGAUAUUUGGGAAGUAAUAAACAACAAACAUUUGUUCGUAAUAAUAAUAAUAAUAUUAAUGAUGAUAGUAAUGAUAAUGAUAAUGAUAAUAGUAAUAAUGAUUGCAUGAAUCAUCAGCUACUUGUAAUGAAUCAAUAA